AUGGCUUUGUUCAUGGAAAUUCUUGGUGUUGUUCUGUUGGUGCUCUGUUUUUGCUCUGCUCUCUUGAAGUGGAAUGAAGUUAGAUACCGGAGGAAAGGCUUGCCUCCUGGCGCAAUGGGGUGGCCAGUUUUUGGGGAGACAACUGAGUUUCUUAAGCAAGGUCCAAACUUCAUGAAGAACAAGAGGGCAAGGUAUGGCAGUUUUUUCAAAUCUCACAUUCUCGGGUGUCCUACUAUUGUAUCCAUGGAUCCGGAGCUUAAUAGAUUCAUACUGAUGAAUGAAGCAAAAGGGCUUGUUCCGGGGUACCCACAAUCCAUGUUAGAUAUUCUAGGCAAACGCAAUAUUGCAGCUGUUCAUGGCUCCACUCACAAGUACAUGAGAGGGGCACUGCUUUCAAUCAUUAGCCCCACCUUGAUCAGGGAUCAGCUUUUACCAAAAGUUGAUGAGUUCAUGAGAAGCCAUUUGAUUGAUUGGGAUAACAAAGUCAUAAACAUUCAACAGAAAACUAAAGAGAUGGCAUUUCUCUCUUCCCUGAAGCAGAUUGCUGGUAUGGAAUCCAGCUCAAUAGCUCAACCCUUCAUGACAGAGUUCUUUAAACUAGUUUUAGGAACACUCUCGUUGCCUAUUAACCUUCCUAGCACAAAUUAUCGCCGUGGAUUGCAGGCAAGAAAGAGUAUUAUCAGCAUUCUGAGUCAGUUGCUAUCUGAAAGGAAAGCAUCCCAAGAUGCCCACGUGGACAUGCUUGGUUGCUUGAUGAACAAAGAUAAAAACCGAUACAAACUAACUGAUGAGGAGAUCAUUGAUCUUGUUAUUACAAUUAUGUAUUCUGGUUAUGAAACUGUUUCAACUACAUCAAUGAUGGCAGUGAAGUAUCUCCAUGACCAUCCCAAAGUUCUUGAAGAAAUGAGAAAAGAGCACUUUGCCAUAAGGGAAAGAAAAAAGCCAGAGGAUCCAAUAGACUGUAAUGAUCUCAAAUCAAUGAGGUUUACUCGUGCGGUGAUUUUUGAGACCUCGAGAUUAGCUACAAUAGUUAAUGGGGUUCUAAGAAAAACAACUCACGACAUGGAACUAAACGGGUAUUUGAUUCCUAAAGGGUGGAGGAUAUAUGUAUAUACGAGAGAGAUCAAUUAUGAUCCAUUUCUGUAUCAUGAUCCACUAACAUUCAACCCAUGGAGAUGGCUGGGUAACAGUCUGGAGUCACAAAGCCACUUCUUGAUAUUUGGAGGGGGCACCAGACAAUGUCCUGGGAAGGAGUUGGGGAUAGCGGAAAUUUCCACUUUCUUGCAUUACUUUGUAACUAGAUACAGGUGGGAAGAAGUAGGAGGCGAUAAACUAAUGAAGUUUCCUAGAGUUGUGGCACCAAACGGACUGCACAUAAGGGUCUCAUCUUUUACUAACUAG